AUGAAUGAAGAUGGAGGUAAUGAGGAGAUUUCACAGGAUGAUGCAUGGCAUGUAAUCACAGCAUACUUCCAAGAGAAGGGUCUUGUGCGUCAGCAAUUGGAUUCCUUUGACGAGUUCAUCCAGAACACAAUGCAAGAGAUCAUCGAUGAGUCACCUCCAAUCACAAUAAGACCAGAGCAACAACAUCAUCCAGGUCAACAGCAGGUCAACAAUAUAUCAUCACUCUCUAUUAAGUUUGGACAGAUUUAUCUGAGUAAACCUACAACAGAGACAGAUGGAACAUCACAGAAUCUUACACCGAACCAGGCGAGAAUCAGGAAUCUGACGUACUCUGCACCACUGUACGCCGAUAUCACAAAGAUCGAGGUGUCGGGCGGAGAGCGCAAAGAGGAGCUGCUACAAAAGACGCUCAUCGGCAGAGUGCCCAUCAUGUUGCGCUCCAAGUAUUGUAUGCUGGACGAGACCAACGAUAUAGAUAUGGCAAUGUUGGGUGAGUGCUCCAUCGAUCAGGGAGGCUACUUCAUCAUCAACGGAUCCGAGAAGGUGUUGAUCGCUCAGGAGAAGAUGUCGCACAACCACGUCUACGUCUUCAAGAAGACGCCACCAUCAAAGUACUCAUAUGUCGCAGAAAUUCGUUCCUGUCAAGAGACCGGUUCACGUCCAACCAGUACCAUGUACGUCAAGAUGCUCCAGAGUUCAAGCAAGGGUACAACUGGAAUGAAAACAACUAUACCAUAUAUCAAACAAGAUGUCCCAAUCGUGAUUGUCUUUAGAGCAUUGGGCUUUGUAGCCGAUAAGGAUAUCCUGGAGCACAUCUGUUAUGACUUCUCCGAUCAGCAGAUGAUGGACCUGAUGAGACCAUCACUGGAGGAGUCAUUCGUCAUCCAGAAUCAGGAGGUGGCACUCGACUACCUUGGCAAGCGUGGCAGCACGACAGGCACGCGAGAGCAAAGAAUCAAGUUUGCACGUGAGGUGCUGCAGAAGGAGAUGCUUCCGCACGUCUCUGUCGCCGAGUACUUUGAGACGAAGAAGGCCUACUACUUUGGCUACAUCGUGCAUCGACUGUUGUUGGCUGCCCUCGAGCGCAGACCUCUUGACGACAGAGAUCACUUUGCCAACAAGAGGCUGGAUCUGGCCGGUCCGCUGCUGGGUACCCUCUUCCGUCAGCUGUUCAAGAAGGUGAACAAGGACGUUCGUAUGUACGUGCAAAAGUGUGUGGACAAGGGCAGAGAGUUCUUCCCAAGCAGUGCCAUCAAGACCAAGACUAUCACAUCGGGUCUCAAGUACUCGUUGGCCACAGGUAACUGGGGUGCCGCCAACACUGGAGCCAGAGCCGGUGUGGCCCAGGUGCUCAACCGUUUGACAUUCGCCUCGACACUCAGUCAUCUCCGUCGUCUCAACACGCCCAUUGGCAGAGAGGGAAAGCUUGCCAAGCCACGUCAGCUGCACAACACUCAUUGGGGUCUGGUGUGUCCGUCCGAGACUCCCGAGGGUCAGGCUUGUGGUCUCGUCAAGAACCUGGCUAUGAUGUCGUACAUCUCUGUCGGCUCGUCGUCACAGCCACUGCUCGAGUUCCUUGAGGAGUGGAGCACAGAGAACCUCGAGGAGAUCACUGAUCCGUCCACCAUCCACAACGCCACCAAGGUAUUCCUCAACGGUCUGUGGGUGGGUAUCCAUCACAACCCCGACAACCUGCUCAAGACCCUGCGUCUGAUCAGACGUUGUGGAGACUUCUCCGUGGAGAUUUCCAUCGUGCGUGACAUCCCCGAGAAGGAGCUGAGACUGUACACCGACAGUGGUCGUUGUGGUCGUCCACUGUUCGUCGUCAACGACAAGGACAACAGACUGACCAUCAAGAAGAGCCACAUCGAGAAGCUCGAGGACUCACUCAAGAACAACGGCGGCUACAACUGGGCGCAGUUGAUCACUGAGGGUCUUGUGGAGUACAUCGACACAGAGGAGGAGGAGACCGUCAUGAUUGCCAUGACGCCGUCCGAGCUGGUGCAGUCGCCCACCGACAUCAUCUCGCACAACUACACUCAUUGUGAGAUUCAUCCAUCGAUGAUCCUGGGUAUCUGUUGUUCGAUCAUUCCAUUCCCCGAUCACAACCAGUCGCCACGUAACACUUACCAGUGUCUGUGGCUGGAGGAGCCAGUGCUGAUGGCCAACGGCCAGACCAAGGCCAUCAAGGACGUCAAGGUUGGCGAGGAAGUCGUCACGUUCCACUGGCAGACAAUGCGCCAGUCGAGCAGCAAGGUCGUGCACCAAUAUGUUCGUCCCACAGACAAGAAGAUAUUCCGCGUCAUCACCGAGUCGGGCCGCUCGCUCGUAGCCACUGAGGACCACAUGUUUAUGACAUCGAACGGAUGGUCACCAGUCAACAAACUGCAGCCAACUCAGACUCUUGUAGCAAUAUCAAUGGUUCAGAAUAAUAACUAUGCCGUGACCAUUCAACAACAACAACAGAAUAGUAACAACACUCAAGCAUUGCACAUCGAUCAAGCAAUGCUCAAUCAACUAUUGGACAAACUACGUGUAAAUAAUCAACAACAUCAACGAAAUAUCAACACAUUGCGCAGCAUUGGAUUGAUCAAGUCCGGCUCCUCGAUCGACCAAGCCACCACACAGACUCUUGCGAGGAUCUACGGAUACAUCUCCUCGACUGCCAACAACAACAGCGACAUCACAAACAGCAUCAAGCUGACAUUCGACAGCAAGCCUGCCGCCAGGAAAUAUAGAAGGGACCUCAUGGUGUUGGGUCUCGGAGAGCACAAGUUCAAGCGCGCUGAUCAGGCCAGCCAACGCUACCAGAUCGUUCAUCAGAGCACCGAUGUGUUGGUCACCCUACUUUGUGGCCUUGGCAUGUUCACACAGCAACAGUCGAUCCCUCAGUGGAUCGUCGACGGCUCGGCCAUGGUGCAGAAGGAGUACUUGUCCUCGCUUCAAUCGCCAAACAUCCAGUUCUCCAAGACACAGGCCUUCCUCUUUGCUGGCCAGCACAGCACAUCGAUGCUGACUCAGUUGCACACGAUGUACGAGCGUUUCAACAUCGAGACACUUGGCACCAAGACGGUCGCAGAGCACACUGGCAUCGUCAUCUCAUUGACCAACCGAUCAAACAUUGUCAACUAUCUCGAGAGAGUUGGCGUAUGCUACAACUACCAGAAGCUGAUCGAGCUUGCCUCACUGUCCGAGUACAUCAAGUACCAGAUGCGCCAGCAGCAACUUGGCCUGCCCUGCCAAGGUCAGGUACAGUGGACGUCGCGCAUCAAGGCACACGGUGAUUCUCUGUUCGUGCCCGUGUCGGCCGUUGAGCCCACCGACAACUGCCUCAUUGCCGAUCUGACAACCGAGUCUGAGAACCACAGCUUCAUUGGUGGUAGCGGAUUCUACGUUCACAACAGUGCUAUGGGUAAGCAGGCUAUGGGCGUUUACAUCUCCAACUACCAACUUCGCAUGGACACAAUGGCACACGUGCUUUUCUAUCCACAGAAGCCACUGGUCACCACCCGCUCCAUGCAAUAUCUUCACUUCCGUGAGUUGCCCGCCGGUCAGAACGUGUGUGUGGCCAUUGCCUGUUACUCUGGCUACAACCAAGAGGAUUCGCUCAUUCUCAACCAGUCGUCAAUUGAUCGUGGCAUGUUCCGUUCGAUGUUCUACCGUUCAUACAAGGACGAGCAGAAGAAGCAGUAUGCACUCGACGAGGAGACCUUUGAGAAGCCCGACAGGGACACUUGCGUCGGCAUGCGCCACGGCAGUUAUGAGAAGAUCGACGAGGAUGGUCUUGUGCCACCUGGUGUCCGUGUCACUGGUGACGACAUCAUCAUUGGCAAGACCACCCCUCUCCCACCUCAGGACGAGGACCUCGGUCCAAAGAGCAAGCGUCAGACCAAGAGAGACAGCAGCACAGCGAUGCGUUCAUCAGAGAACGGCAUUGUCGACUCAGUGGUGUUGACAACCAGCGAGGCUGGUCUCAAGUUCACCAAGGUGCGUGUACGCUCAAUGAGAACACCACAGAUCGGUGACAAGUUCUCCUCGCGUCACGGACAGAAGGGAACCUGUGGUAUGACCUACCGCCAAGAGGACCUGCCAUGGACUGUUGAGGGUGUCGUGCCCGAUAUUAUUGUGAACCCUCACGCCAUUCCCUCGCGUAUGACUAUUGGUCAGCUGAUCGAAUGUCUUCUGGGCAAGGUGUCGGCCAUGUCUGGAGACGAGGGUGACGCCACACCAUUCACCGAUGUCACAGUGGAGGCCAUCUCCAAGGAGCUGCACAAGAUUGGCUACCAGAUGACUGGCCACGAGGUGCUCUACAACGGACACACUGGUCGCAGACUUGAGGCACAGAUCUUCAUCGGACCCACAUACUACCAGCGUUUGAAGCAUAUGGUCGACGAUAAGAUCCACUCUCGUUCAAGAGGUCCAGUUCAAAUCCUCACUCGCCAGCCUGUCGAGGGUCGUUCUAGAGACGGAGGUCUUAGAUUCGGCGAGAUGGAGCGCGAUUGCAUGAUUUCUCACGGCGCUGCUCAGUUCCUCAAGGAGAGACUGUUUGAUCAAUCGGACAGCUAUCGUGUCCACGUAUGUGACAUAUGUGGUUUGAUCGCUAUUGCCAACCUUAAAAAGAAUCACUACGAGUGCAGGCGAUGCAAGAACAAGACACAGAUCUCUCAAGUACGCAUGCCCUAUGCCGCCAAGCUACUCUUCCAAGAGUUGAUGGCCAUGUCCAUUGCGCCAAGAAUGUUUACAUAA